AUGGUCGCGGGAACAAUGGUAAUAACAUCACUGUCAUCAGUGCUGCAUGACAGCAAGGAAUUCCCCAGCCAAAAGAUAUUUGACAUUGGACAUUUUCUAGAUGGGAAUGGAAACUUUAAGAAAAGUGACUACUUCGUGCCUUUCUCAACAGGAAAAUGGAUCUGUGCUGUAGAAGGCCUGGCACGCAUGGAGCUGUUUCUAUUCCUGACCACCAUUUUAAAGAACUUUAAGCUGAAAUCGCUGGUUCCCACUAAGGACAUCAAUAUUACCCCAGUGGCCAAUGGAUUAACCUCUCUGCCACCCCCUUAUAAGAUCUGCUUCAUUCCUGUCUGA